AUGAGGCUGCACAUGCAGCUCCCAGAGCGCCUCCAGCGGGGACCCGUCGGGGCUCAGGCCGUGCCUCCCGCAGGCGCGCCGCUCGCCGGGGAGCUGCGCUGCCGCUGCGUGCACACCGUGAGCGAGGUGAUCCCGCCGCGGCGCCUGGACCGCGUGGAGCUCGUCCCUGAGGGGCCACACUGCGCUGUGCCAGAAGUGAUAGCAACGACGAAGCAGGGACAGAUGGUCUGCCUGAACCCCUCAGCGCCCUGGGUCCAGCUCAUCAUCAGCAAGAUCCUCAAGAGGUACCUGCUGGGGGUUGGUGCUGGGAGCCUCUGUGUCUGGCAGCAGCUCUCAACAGAGCCGGGGAGGGGGCUGCCCCUUUCCUCCCGCUGA